CGCACAGGAGAGUAGUUCAGGAAAAGGGAAGGGGAUAGCAGUUAGCCAGAGUAGUUAGGAAAAAGUCCUAUAAACAUAGGCACAUUGUGAACAAUCAACGUGGGUCCCUCGGAGCCCGCCAUCGGAGGCAUUCCGGUCGCUAUUGGGGGCCAGGAGAGAGUCUUGGUGGCGUUUUAAAGCGGUUCCUUCUUUCAAAGCGGCGUGCCGGGGGAGGACGCGUCUCUUUGAAUAGACAGGAUGCACGGACCGCCCUCCAGCGACAGCGCAUGCCCAUUGCGCCUCAUCAAGAGAGUGCAAUUCGGCAUCAUCAGUCCAGAUGAGCUUAAACGGAUGUCCGUCACAGAAGGAGGAAUCAAGUACUCCGAAACCACAGAAGGUGGCCGCCCCAAGCUGGGGGGUCUUAUGGACCCCCGGCAAGGGGUCAUUGAGAGGUCGGGAAGGUGCCAGACAUGUGCAGGUAACAUGGCAGAGUGCCCCGGUCACUUUGGCCACAUUGAGUUGGCCAAGCCGGUGUUUCACGUCGGCUUCAUCACCAAAAUUCAGAAGGUUCUUCGUUGUGUCUGUUUCUUUUGCUCCAAGCUUCUAGUGGAUUCCAAUAACCCGAAGAUCAAAGACAUCCUGGCUAAGUCGAAGGGGCAGCCACGGAAGCGCUUGACCCACGUCUACGACCUCUGCAAAGGCAAGAACAUCUGCGAGGGUGGUGAGGAGAUGGACAACAAGUUUGGAAUGGAGCAGCAGGAGAACGAUGAGGACCUGACCAAGGAGAAGGGUCAUGGCGGCUGCGGGCGCUACCAGCCCAUCAUCCGGCGCACGGGCCUGGAGCUUUACGCCGAGUGGAAGCACGUGAACGAGGACUCACAGGAGAAGAAGAUCCUGCUCAGCCCCGAGCGCGUGCACGAGAUCUUCAAGCGCAUCUCGGACGAGGAGGACGUCAUCCUGGGCAUGGACCCCAAGUUCUCCAGGCCCGAGUGGAUGAUCCUCACCGUGCUGCCCGUGCCACCCCUCGCCGUCCGGCCCGCCGUGGUCAUGCAGGGCUCCGCCAGAAAUCAGGACGACUUGACCCACAAGUUGGCCGACAUCGUAAAGAUCAACAACCAGCUGCGUAGGAACGAGCAGAGCGGCGCGGCGGCUCACGUCAUCGCAGAGGACGUCAAGCUGCUGCAGUUCCACACCGCCACCAUGGUGGACAACGAGCUGCCCGGCCUGCCCAGGGCCAUGCAGAAGUCUGGUCGUCCACUGAAGUCAAUCAAGCAGCGUCUAAAGGGUAAGGAGGGUCGCGUUCGUGGUAACCUGAUGGGGAAGCGUGUGGACUUCUCGGCCCGAACGGUCAUCACGCCCGACCCCAACCUGCAGAUCGACCAGGUGGGCGUACCCCGCUCCAUCGCCGCCAACAUGACCUUCCCCGAAAUCGUCACGCCCUUCAACAUUGACAGACUUCAAGAGCUGGUCAGCAGAGGCAACAGCCAGUACCCUGGAGCAAAGUACAUCAUCCGAGACAACGGAGACCGUAUCGACCUGCGGUUUCACCCCAAACCAAGUGACCUUCAUCUUCAGAUCGGCUACAAGGUGGAACGACACAUGUGUGAUGGAGACAUCAUCAUCUUCAACAGACAGCCUACGCUGCACAAAAUGUCUAUGAUGGGGCAUCGAGUGCGAAUCCUUCCAUGGUCUACCUUCCGAAUGAACCUCAGUGUGACGACCCCGUACAACGCCGACUUUGACGGAGACGAGAUGAACCUGCAUCUUCCCCAGUCGCUGGAGACGCGAGCGGAGAUCCAGGAGCUGGCCAUGGUGCCUCGUAUGAUCGUCACACCCCAGUCCAACAGGCCUGUCAUGGGUAUCGUGCAGGACACCCUCACCGCCGUGCGCAAGUUCACCAAGCGGGACGUCUUCAUGGACAGGGGUGAGGUGAUGAACCUGCUGAUGUUCCUGUCCACGUGGGACGGCAAGGUGCCGCAGCCGGCCAUCCUGAAGCCGCGGCCGCUCUGGACGGGCAAGCAGGUGUUCAGCUUGAUCAUCCCGGGACACAUCAACGUCAUCCGAACGCACAGCACCCACCCUGACGAGGAGGACAGCGGGCCCUACAAACACAUCUCCCCCGGAGACACCAAAGUGAUUGUGGAGAACGGCGAGCUGAUCAUGGGCAUCCUUUGUAAGAAGUCUCUGGGUACGUCAGCCGGCUCCCUGGUCCACAUCUCCUUCCUGGAGAUGGGCCACGACAUCACACGACUCUUCUACUCCAACAUCCAGACUGUCGUCAACAACUGGCUGCUCAUCGAGGGUCACUCCAUUGGUAUUGGUGACUCCAUUGCUGAUGCAAAGACCUACUUAGACAUCCAGAACACCAUCAAGAAGGCCAAACAGGAUGUAAUAGAGGUCAUUGAGAAGGCCCACAACAACGAGCUGGAGCCCACCCCAGGUAACACGCUGCGACAGACCUUCGAGAACCAGGUCAACAGGAUCCUGAACGACGCUCGAGACAAAACGGGUUCGUCCGCCCAGAAGUCCCUCUCUGAGUACAACAACUUCAAGUCCAUGGUGGUGGCAGGCUCCAAAGGGUCCAAAAUUAACAUCUCGCAGGUUAUUGCCGUGGUGGGGCAGCAGAACGUUGAGGGUAAGCGAAUCCCCUUCGGCUUCAAGCACCGCACGCUCCCCCACUUCAUCAAAGACGACUACGGCCCCGAGAGCAGAGGCUUCGUGGAGAACUCCUACCUGGCCGGCCUGACGCCCACCGAGUUCUUCUUCCACGCCAUGGGAGGCAGAGAGGGACUUAUCGACACAGCUGUCAAGACAGCUGAGACUGGUUACAUCCAGCGUCGUCUGAUCAAGUCUAUGGAGUCUGUGAUGGUGAAGUACGAUGCCACGGUGCGAAACUCCAUCAACCAGGUGGUGCAGCUGCGUUACGGCGAGGACGGCCUGGCAGGAGAGGCUGUGGAGUUCCAGAACCUCGCCACCCUCAAGCCCUCGCACCGCGCCUUCGAGAAGAAGUUCAAGUUUGACUACAGCAACGAGCGGGCUCUGCGGCGUACCCUGCAGGAGGACGUGGUGAAGGACGUGCUGACCAACGCACACGUGCAGAGCGCCCUGGAACGCGAGUUCGAGAAGAUGAAGGAGGACCGCGAGAUCCUCAGAGCCAUCUUCCCCACCGGAGACAGCAAGGUGGUGCUGCCGUGCAACUUGGCCAGAAUGAUCUGGAACGCACAGAAGAUUUUUCGCAUCAACCCCCGAACUCCCACAGACCUCAACCCACUGCGGGUGAUUGAGGGUACCCACGAGCUGAGCAAGAAGCUGGUGAUUGUGAACGGCGAGGACCCCCUGAGUCGGCAGGCGCAGCAGAACGCCACGCUGCUCUUCAACAUCCACCUGCGCAGCACGCUCUGCUCGCGCCGCAUGACCGAGGAGUUCCGGCUCAGCACCGAGGCCUUCGACUGGCUCCUCGGAGAGAUCGAGACCAAAUUCAACCAGUCCAUCACUCACCCGGGUGAGAUGGUGGGCGCCCUGGCUGCCCAGUCUCUGGGAGAGCCGGCCACCCAGAUGACACUGAACACCUUCCAUUACGCCGGCGUGUCUGCCAAGAACGUCACUUUGGGUGUGCCCCGUCUGAAGGAGUUGAUCAACAUCUCCAAGAAGCCCAAGACCCCCUCGCUCACAGUCUUCCUGGUGGGACAGGCGGCCAGGGACGCCGAGAGGGCCAAGGACAUCCUGUGUCGCCUGGAGCACACCACACUGCGCAAGGUGACGGCCAACACCGCCAUCUACUACGACCCCAACCCCCAAAACACGGUGGUGACGGAGGACCAGGAGUGGGUCAACGUCUACUAUGAGAUGCCCGACUUUGACGUGACGCGCAUCUCCCCCUGGCUGCUGCGUAUCGAGCUGGACCGCAAACACAUGACUGACCGCAAGCUGACCAUGGAGCAGAUCGCUGAGAAGAUCAACGCAGGCUUUGGUGAGGAUCUGAACUGUAUCUUCAAUGACGACAACGCUGAGAAGCUGGUGCUGCGAAUUCGUAUCAUGAACAGUGACGAGAACAAAUUCCAAGAGGAUGAGGAGGUGGUGGACAAGAUGGACGACGACGUGUUCCUGAGGUGCAUCGAGUCCAACAUGCUGACGGACAUGACCCUGCAGGGCAUCGAGCAGAUCCUCAAGGUGUACAUGCAUCUGCCGCAGACGGACAACAAGAAGCGCAUCAUCAUCACGGAGGACGGUGAGUUCAAGGCCCUGCAGGAGUGGAUCCUGGAAACGGACGGGGUGGCGCUCAUGCGCGUCCUCAGCGACAAGGACGUCGACCCCGUCAGGACCACCUCCAACGACAUCGUCGAGAUCUUCACCGUGCUGGGUAUCGAGGCUGUGCGUAAGGCUCUGGAGAGGGAGUUGUAUCACGUCAUCUCCUUUGACGGUUCCUACGUAAACUACCGGCAUCUGGCCCUGCUGUGUGACACCAUGACCUGCAGGGGGCAUCUGAUGGCCAUCACCCGUCACGGCAUCAACAGGCAGGACACCGGCCCACUCAUGAAGUGCUCCUUUGAGGAGACGGUGGACGUGCUGAUGGAGGCGUCGUCCCACGGCGAGUGCGACCCGAUGAAGGGUGUGUCUGAGAACAUCAUGCUGGGCCAGUUGGCCCCCGCCGGCACGGGCUGCUUCGACCUGCUGCUGGACGCCGAGAAGUGCAAGUACGGCAUGGAAAUCCCCACCAACAUCCCCGGCAUCAGCGUACCCGGACCGACGGGCAUGUUCUAUGGUUCUGCCCCGAGCCCGAUGAGCGCCAUGUCUCCAGCCAUGACCCCCUGGAACAUGGGAGCCACCCCUGCCUACGGGGCAUGGUCACCCAGCGUGGGAAGUGGAAUGACUCCUGGAGCCGCCGGCUUCUCUCCCAGCGCGGCGUCCGACGCCAGUGGCUUCUCCCCGGGAUACUCCCCGGCCUGGUCCCCCACGCCCGGCUCUCCCGGAUCCCCAGGGCCCGCCAGCCCGUACAUCCCCUCACCAAGUGGCGCCAUGUCUCCAAAUUACUCUCCCACGUCCCCUGCCUACGAGCCCCGCUCCCCCGGUGGCUACACGCCCCAGAGCCCUGGCUACUCCCCGACGUCCCCCUCCUAUUCCCCCACCUCGCCCUCCUACUCCCCCACCAGCCCCAACUACAGCCCCACCUCCCCCUCCUACUCCCCAACCUCUCCAUCCUACUCCCCCACCUCCCCGUCCUAUUCGCCCACGUCUCCCAGCUACUCCCCGACGUCUCCCUCCUACUCCCCCACGUCCCCGUCCUACUCCCCCACCUCGCCCUCCUAUUCGCCCACCUCGCCCAGCUACAGCCCCACGUCACCCAGCUACAGCCCGACGUCCCCGAGUUACAGCCCCACCUCCCCGUCCUAUUCGCCCACCUCUCCCAGCUACUCGCCCACCUCUCCGUCUUAUUCGCCGACGUCCCCGUCGUACAGUCCGACCUCGCCCUCCUAUUCGCCGACAUCCCCCAGCUACAGCCCCACAUCCCCCAACUACACCCCGACGUCGCCCUCCUACUCCCCCACGUCCCCGUCCUACUCGCCCACCUCUCCCAGCUACUCGCCCACGUCGCCCAACUACACCCCGACGAGCCCCAGCUACUCCCCCACCUCGCCCUCCUACUCCCCCACCUCCCCGAGCUACUCUCCCUCCAGCCCGCGCUACACCCCGCAGUCUCCCACCUACACCCCGAGCUCCCCCUCCUACAGCCCCAGCUCCCCGUCUUACUCCCCCACCUCCCCCAAGUACACCCCGACCUCUCCCUCGUACAGCCCCAGCUCUCCGGAGUACACCCCCACCUCCCCCAAGUACUCCCCUACGUCACCAAAGUACUCCCCGACAUCGCCCAAGUACAGCCCCACCUCCCCGACGUACUCCCCCACCACCCCCAAGUACAGCCCCACCUCGCCUACUUACUCCCCUACGUCCCCCACCUACACCCCCACCAGCCCCAAGUACUCCCCCACGUCCCCCACCUACUCCCCGACCUCUCCCAAGUACUCUCCCACCUCCCCUACCUACUCGCCCACUAGCCCCAAGGGCUCCACCUACAGCCCCACCUCUCCCGGCUACAGCCCCACCUCCCCAACCUACAGCCUCACCAGUCCUGCCAUCAGCCCUGACGACAGCGACGAGGAGAACAACUGAAGCCUAUUGGAGGAUAACAGCCCAUGUGACUCCUCUCCCUGCCCCAGCGAUUGGCCCCCGGACCCUGGGGCGGCUGACUGACAGAGGACUGGUACUAUGGGAGAGGAAGCGGUGGUGGGGGGAGGGGUGUGGUGAUACAGGAGGAGGAGGAAAGAGGGGUGGUUCAGAGAGGUGUAGGAGGACCUUGGGGUCCCACAAAUGAGAAUUUUUUUUUUUUUUUUUCCCCAUUUUGUUUUUCUGUUUUGACCUCUUGGACCACUUGUUCAGCCUCUUCCCCUUUUCUGCUGGGGCUCACACUUCUGUACACUGCUAUUGUAUUUCAUAGACUUGAACUAUUGGCCAGACAGUGGCUGCCUUUUAAAAAUAGACACUUGUUUCAUUUCUUUUUUGUUUUGUUUUGAAUUUAAUUUUCUGGUGGCUGUUACCCCAGGGUAAUUGUAAACCCCAGAAUGAUGGAGAGAAAGGAAGCAAAUUGUGUGGUAAACACAUUGAAAUAAUCCCACCCGCCUUCCCCCUUCACCUCACAUUUCUUUCUCUGAUAUUCAGUGUUGGAUGUAAACAGGAGAGCUUAAGUAUUGCCAAAAGCUUGUGAAAAAAAACUGCAAAUGGAGGAUUGUAUUUAUCUGCAGAGCUUUGAAGAUUCGAACGGUUUAUGUUCUAUUUUUGUCUGCUUUAGAAUUAUCCUUAGUGGAGUUAGCGGAGAGCAAAGAUCUUUUUAAUAACAUAUUUUAUUCAAGAACGUAUCUUCAUAGACUCUCGUUUUCCUCAUUUGUUCUGUAAAUAUUGUUGCCAGGUUUGGGUUGCCAGAUCAGCUACGAAGAUUCCGAUGGUUUGAUAUGAUGUGUCCAGUUUGAUGAGGGAAGAGAUCAGAUUGGUAGAGAAAGGAAUAUCGUCUUCAUCCAAAAGUGUUUGAUCUGGUUAGGAAUUAGUUUACUUUAAAGUGAUUCAAGAGUUUAAUCUUGUAUCUUAUGAUAAAAAAAUCAGUCUGAAUGGAGUCAGCAGUGAAUGACAGGUUUUUUUCUUUAUUUUUCUUUAAUAAGGUAGUGUGCAUUAUCGAACAUCUUUGGUUGAGGAAAUGGUGAUCUGUUUUAAAAUCAAACCUAACACUACAUUUGGUGAUUAUCCCUCUCUCCUCCCUUACCGACCUCUCUCCACCCCAGAGGAUGCAAGCCUUAUACCUGUAACCGUCUCACCAGCACCUCUGUGUCUCAAUACUCUUGGCCACUGUACAGCCAGAACAAAUUAAAAAAGGACACAAAAAAAAACGAAAUGACCCAACAACCACCAUGUUUCCUGAAUUCAAGGAAGGUUUGUUUGGUGUUAAAAAAAAAUUCUGUUUUGUUUUUAUUUUAGUCUUUUCCCCCAUGAAAAAUGGGUAGUUAGAAUUUUGGUUCUCAAGCUUUCAAACUAUGAGUUUUUAUUUUGCAUGUGAACCAUACACCAGAAUUGAUCCAAGUCAAGAUCAUUGGUUCAAUAUCUCUCAUUCCCUCUUGCUAUAGCAACAGUUCAAUUGUACAAAUUUUAUUUUUGUUUUUCAAGGGGAAAAAAAACAAUAUUCAGUGUAUUUACGACCAGUGGAAAAAAAAUACUCAUCUGUGUGAAUUUAGAAAUUUACUGAAUUUCUUUUGAAUUACACCCUCCCAGCUAGGUAUGGCUUGGAUGUGAUAUAUGGGCUGUAGGGAAGAGGUGUCAGGUGUAUAUAGUUGAUGAAGAUGGAAAUAGAGUUGGCCCAAGUGAUCCACCCCAUUUCUUUAAAACCUUCCAAAAAAAUCUAUUCACUGCUUAACUAAUUACUGCUUUUACUAUAGCGAAACGAUUGAUCUGAAGCUAUGAAUUCCCUUUACAGUUUGAAGAAAGGAGUGUUUUCCAUCUCACCACCUCAGUUUUUUGGGUGAAGGACGCUCGUGGGGCUUAUUAGCCUGUCUGAAAUAGGCAAACUGAUGGUGGCACGACACGUCGAUGUUUCUUAUGAAGGAUAGACGCCUUGCCCAAUAAUAGCACUUUUUGUACUUUUCAGAAUUUGAUCCUUCUGAGGAAUUAUGUAUGUUUUCAGUGACUUUUUUCCCCCUUUGUGGAGAUGGAAAAAAAAAAUCAAAGUGGCCUUGAGCAGUGCAGAUCUAGCCCUGCCAUUUUAACCACCCAUUAAAUCCAUCCAUUCACAAACUCUCUGCGCCUCUUCCCUCGUCAGAUCGUUGCACCUGGUCUUCCGACAAAUCAUUGGUCAAUCUUUUUGUAAUUACCAAGGUCCAUGUAUACAGGGACGGAGGUCACUGGGAUGUUUUUGCGUGGGAAGGGUGGUAAAAUAUGUUAUUUCUGGCAGGAGUGUUUCACUAGAUUGGUGGGAGAAUAUUGGAGAGUUUUUUUUUUGGUCUACCAUUGGUGUGGAAACCAGGAUUAAUUCCCCAAAUUUGCUGGAAUUCCCUUGGACCACUUGCUUUUUUCUUUUGGUACAGCACCUACCCUGUCUUGACUGUUCCAAGUUUCCACAGUUGGUGUCUGUGACCUUAGCCUGACUGUGUGGGCCAGUCUUGGAUAGCUGUGAGGUGAGGUGACUAGUGCAUGAGGAAAGCCCCGUAAAAGGUACCAUCAGGUCUGCCUGAACUUCAAACAGCACCAACGUCAAAGAUUCAGUUUCCAAAGCCUUAAGUUACAGAUGGUUUCUCCAAGGCGUCUCCCUGUUUGUAAUGUGUAUGUGUGUGUGUGCGGCUGGGUCAAAUCGGGAGGAUCAUACCUCCCUCUACUAGGCCCGGCUUGCCUUUAGGCCAUUUGGCUGUUUUCAUCGUGAUGUCCAGUCGCGGUUGCCGUGUCUCAUGCGUGUGUGUCUCAGAGAAGGGUUGCCAGGGUGGGAGUUCUAGAGUGAAAGAGUUGAGUGAGAGUGUGUGUGUGUGUGUGUGUGUGUGUGUGUGUGUGUGUGUGUGUGUGUGUGUGUGUGUGUGUGUGUGUGUGUGUGUGUGAAUGGGUCUGCUGGAGAGACAGGGUUCUCCGGAGUUCUGAGUUUGAAGACUGGACAGGGUUUUCUUUUUUUUUUUUGCGGGGAUGGGAUGGGAGGUCAGGAGGAUUUAAAUUAAGAAAAAGAAAUUGCCACUGUAUAGAAAUCAAUCUGAUUUACUUCAUUCUCUGUAUCUAUUUGUUGCGUUUGUUUUUGACUUGAGAAAAAAAUAAAAACUUUUACUACA